AUGGAGAUGAAACGAAAGCAUGAACGGGCACAUGUGGUCAUGGAAGAACUUGUGCAAGAAUGUAAGAAUAAUUACAGGCAUAUACUGACACGCUCUUUCUCUGAAAACGAGAAACAUGUUACCACAAGUGAUAAAUCUCCUCCCGCAGAAACUGAGAAACAAAUUGGUAACACGGGUGUGUUGGCGUUAAUGGAGAAAAUUCUCAACACUGCUCCAGAAACAACGAAAGUGCUGGAAGGUAGUAGAAAAAAUGUUGUGUCUGUGAAAAUGCGCAAUACUUGGACAAAUGACUACAUGCUUACAAUGACCAUGAAUAAAGAGAGUAAAGAAAAAAAAGAUAAAUACGAGACUCCAAUCUUAGUCGCUGCAAGGAUGGGAGUGAAAGAGAUGGUGCAAACUAUUCUGAAAUUGUAUCCUGCGGCCAUUCGACAAAUCAAUUCAAAAGGCAAGAAUGUUGUCUUACUGGCGGUCGAGAAUAGGCAACCGAACGUGUACAAGUUCUUACGAGAUAAAUACUACGAUGAAGGGAUGUUUAAUUUGAUAGACAAUGAUGGUAACACUGCCUUACACCUUGCAGCAAAAUAUGGGAAAAAUCGGCCAUGGCUUAUUCAUGGUGCAGCACUACAAUUGCAAUGGGAGAUCAAGUGGUACAAGUUUGUCGGAGAAAAAGUGAACCACCAUUUCUAUACGCGGAAAAAUAAAAAGGACCACACGCCGAAGGAAGUCUUCACGGAGACGCACGAAGAUUUGGUCAAGGAAGGCAGCACAUGGCUAAUUAAUACAUCUCAGUCGGACUCAUGCUCCAUCAUUGCCGCGCUCAUCGCUACAGUGGCUUUCGCAACGUCUGCCACCGUGCCAGGUGGCUUGAGGCAAGAUAAAGGCGAGCCAGUGUUGGAAGGGCAGCCCAUAUUUAAUGUCUUUGCCAUCACUUCAUUGGUUGCGCUGUGCUUCUCCAUCACCUCCCUGACUAUCUUCCUGACAGUUCUCACUUCGCGAUACCGAGAGUCGGAUUUCGAGAUAGUCUUGCCCUGGAGAUUGAUUUUGGGCCUCACCACUCUCUUCCUCUCACUUGCUACCAUGUUGGUUUCCUUCUGUGCUGGUCAUUUCUUUGUGCUUAAGAGGGAGCUGAAGCUUGUUGCCCUUCCAGUCUAUGUGGUUGCCUGCUUUCCCAUUACAAUAUUUGCUUUUAUACAAUUUCCGCUCUACUUCGAUCUCUGCAAGUCUACCUUUACACGUACACCUAAACGCACAUACGACAUGACUUCUCUCUAGUAUCUCUCUCUCUCUCAUGAUCGUUUCCUUCUCUUGAGCUUGGAAGGAUAGACUGUUCUCUACUCAUAUAUACUUUGAUUAAUUGGGCUAUGUACUUAUUGAAAUAUGACCUUUGGUUUUAAAGUUUAUAAGAUAUGAAAUAUAUGCUUCUACCUAAAUGUUAUCUCUUUGUUAGUGUUUUUAGUGGCUUAUGAACCUACCUUUAUGCACUCCUUCGGUCUUGUGGCUUUUGGCAUGUUGGUUAGGUUCUUAACCGGUAGCAUAAUAGCCAACACUAUAUCCUUGUUCAAAUUCUGGUGGGGCAACCUGUGGAAAGUAAAACUUCAAUCAGAGCACAGCUGAAAGCCAUUAUGCCAUCAUACCAUCUCAGGGUGGAAUGGCUACCUGGACAAGAGGCAAGAGUAAAAGCCACCGCACAGUCUUAAGGUAGGAAGGAGUGCGGAUCAUCAGUUUUCAGCGCAC